AUGUCUCCUACCCCCCAGAUGCACCGAGCUGUGGCCAAGGCGGACAGCGACAACGACGAGUAUGAGAGGCCCAAGGUACGCCUGAGCUGCCUUCAAUGCCAGCGGCGGAAGAAGAAGUGCGAUAAGGACAGUCCUUGCCAGGCCUGUGUAUACGCAGGAAUAGCUUGCACCGCUGUAUCACGAGCCCGACUUCCACGUGGUCGUCAUGCACCCCAGAAGGAGAGCGGAGAUCUACGACGGCGGGUCGCACGACUCGAGGAAUUACUGUCGUCCCAAAGAGACGAUGCAGCAGGUGGCCAAUCAGCCCCCGUUCAGCCUCAGAAAGCCGAUCUGAGUUCCAGGCUAUCUAACUCCAGGCUAUCCGACUCGGCAUGGACGUCGAUCAGCGAGGAGGUAUUUGGCAUCCGGGAGCUUGUGGAUUCCUUGGCUGACGCCGAGUCUCCCGAGUCCCAAAACGAGACUACAGAGACAGACCGGAUCCAGCGAUUUGAUGUACUUUUAUAUAGCGAUAGUCCAUGUUUUGUACAGCCAUAUGUACUUGACCUACCACCCGUACCCGUCGUAUCAGCCCUGGUGGACAACUAUUUUUGUCGAAUUGAUCCUGUAUUCAAAGUAACUCAUGCACCCUCGAUACGGGAAUUAUUUUUGCUGGAUGAGGACAGUCUUACUCCUGCUCAACAGGCGCUGAAGUUCUCGGUUCUGUUCACAUCAGUGUGCAGCCUGGACGAAGAGGAGUUUCUCCAGCGCUUCGAUUGCAACCGAAAUUCCAUGCGUAGCCGACUUCAAUUAGCUACAGAGGUCUACUUGUCCCAAUCGAAAUUGCUGGAUACCACCAAUUUGAUGGUCUUGCAAUCAUUCGUUAUAUAUUUGGCCGGCCUUCGAACACUUGUUGGCUGUCGACAGAUCUGCGUUUUGAUGGCAACUGCUGUCCGUAUUGGGCAGUGCCUUGGUCUGGAUCUUGAGCAAUCAAGCCAUACGCCAUUUGAAACGGAAAUACGACGCCGUAUUUGGUGUUCUAUAGGCAUACUUGACUUUCUAUCCACGUUCGAUAGCGGAUCUCACUCGGCACUUGCUGGAGGUGCAUUCUUCAGAGCCCUGCCACUGCACAUUAAUGAUGCCGAUAUCUCGCCCGACAACCUCAAGCCGCCAUCCGUGCGCUCCCAAUUCAGCGAAAUGAGUUUUUGUGCCGCGACACAUAAUAUGUUACAAUAUUUGAAGAAGAUGAUCUAUGUUCCGCUAGAUCCUGAGGGACGUCCACUUCUACAGCAAAAUUGGGCUCAUCGAUACGCCAUCGCGGAAGAGUGUGUUUGCGUUCUCAACAAACAAUACCUCAGGUACUUGAAUAAUGGCGAUCCUUUCCAUAUGUUUAUGGCAAUAGUCUGUGAGACGACGAUCACAACGAUGCGUCUUCUAAUACGCCGGCCGUUGUAUCGCUUCUAUAGUACCGCGCCGCCACCAAGCGACAAUUUCAAUGUACUUGAAGUUGCUAUGCAGGUUCUACACCUGUCUUUGCAGAAAUCCACGAAUGACGUGUUUAAGCCGUGGAGCUGGUACUUCUGGGCCAAGUGGUAUCCUUUGGCAAUCCUGUUUUCAGAGCUUUGCGAACAUACCGAGGGCGCCAAUGUUGACAAAGCUUGGAUUGUCGCAGAACUCAGCUACUUGGAUCUCAAAGAGACGUGUCGUGAGGAUAGCAUUUUGAUAUCGAUGGAGAAACUGAAGCGUAAAGCUCAAUCGGCUAGGAGUUUCAAGACUGUAGUCGUGCAACAGCCACAGCUUGACGGCGGAUUGGUCCAUAAUAGCAAAACCACCAUCGGGCUUGAAAAGAAUGUGGUGGCCGGUGUUGACAGAGGCUACCAACUUCCAGCCGCUGCAUUUGACGAAAUAUUAGGCCACGAGGGGCAAUUCUUAGGAGACCUAGAAAUGCUGUCUUGGAAUAACUGGGAAUCUUUCAUCCAGGACUUGGGUGAUCCUAUUGAAUUGGACGCAGAUUAUGAGAGUUACUAA